AUGAGAUUCAAAAUUACAUGGAAGGACAAUAAGCUUGUAUUACCAUCUGGUAAUGUUGACGACAAGGUUAGUCGUUUACUCAAAGACAUUGCAACACGUUUUGCUCCAUACAACUCUUCCAGUGAAGACCUCAUAUUUUCAGAGUUGCGUACAUCUGAUGGUUUCUUUAUCUCACCACAUGCUGCUAUUGGAGAUAUCCUCAAAGACGAUGAUUACCUCGUAGCUGUAGAUUUUGAUUCAUGGAAGGCUGAACAAUACAAAUUAUGUAAGACAUUAUUUGAAUCUGUAAAUGUUGUAAAUUAUGAAAAUGAUGAAACUUUAUCUGUUGGAGUUGGAUCAAAUACUCGUAACAAUUUGUAUAUUGCAGUCAACAAGGGCAAGGAAUUGAUCAGACUCGAAUUGUUUGACUAUUCUGAUUUGUCUGCAUUUGUCAAGGACGGCAAGCAAUUGGUCGCACUCUAUGAAAAGGGUGUCAACUAUGCCAAGGUAUACUUUGUCGUUGCCAACUCGGUCGUCCAACAAGUUGAAGUUGAGAUCAAGGUCGAGUCGGCCGGUCGUCCAGAGAUCAAGUUGAUCGGUCUCAAGACUGCCAACAAAAAGAUUGAAAAGGGUGAUGUCACUUUGGUUCAAACUGCCUAUGACACUACCGUCGAAGAGAAUGUUGUAUUCCCCGAGUUGGUCAAGGCCGGUGAAUCGUUCCCAGACUAUGACUUGGACUAUACCACCACCGACGGUGGUAAUGGUGGUGCCCCAGAAUCAUACUUUAACGUCACCUCUCCAAGCGGUAUCCGUUUCGAACAGGUCGAUGUCAUCCGUACCGAACACGGUUGGUACCAAAACAACGCAACCUCUAACUUUUACUACACCGACUUGCAAAUCACCAACACCACCGAGUCCAAGGUCACCCUCACCAAGGUGUCUGCCGAGUACAAGGACAAGGAAGGUACCUGGCAACCAGUACCAGCCUACUUUGGUGUCAAGAAUGGUGUCUACAACUACAACUGGCGUUGGGAGGCUGUUCCAAUCCCAAUCGAUGCCCGUGACACUUUCAAGUUGUCCAUCAACACCAAGAUCUCUUUGCCAUACCGUUUCGCCGACAAGAUGCGUCGUUCCUCUCGUCAUUUACCAGAUCCACUCGAGAUCCGUAUCGUAGUUGUCGACGACAAGCAAAACAGCAUCUCUUUGCCAGCCGUCUACCGUAACAAGACCGAAUACCCAGUUCUCGCCACCCUCAAGUGGAGACAAAAGUAUGUGGGCGAAAGCGACCCAGUCGUCUACUUCCAAAGUGUCGACAAUAUCCACUCAGAGGCUCGUGGUUGGGUUACCGUUGUCAAGAAGCUCGACAACUACAAACAAAUCAACGUUGUCCUCUCUUGCAACUUUAAUGGAAGCACCACCUACUAUUUCGACCAAAGAGUACUCAACCAACUCGCUUACAAGGCCAAAAAGGAAGGUAUCUCCAAGUACCCAGUCAAAAACUACUCUGCCAAGAAUGAAGAUUUCGAACUCCAAACCUUUGCCAUUGUCAAUCUCGACAAGGUCAAAACUACUGGUUUCUGUUUUGAAUUAACUUCUCAAUCUGGUGGUUCUUCAACUGGUUAUUUCGUUAUGCCAUCUUUAAAUUAA